AUGGACGAGCGCUUCAACAGGUGGCUGCUGCCGCCGCUGCUGACGCUGCUCUUCCUGCUCAUCGUCUACCAGUACGUGUCGCCCGCCUGCCCCGGCGCCGCCUGCCCCCGCCGCCCGCCGGCCUCCGCCGCCCGCCGCGGAGGGGACCCGGCGGACGAGGAGGAGGCGGAGGAGGCGGCGGCGGCGCUGCCGCGGCUGGUGCCCAAGUUCCCGUUCGCGCGGGGGGAGCUGUGCCGCCGGGUGCGCUUCGACAUGCGGGGCCGCGACGUGAUCGUCUUCCUGCACAUCCAGAAGACGGGCGGCACCACCUUCGGGCGGCACCUGGUGCGCAACAUCCGCCUGGAGCAGCCCUGCUACUGCCGCGCCGGGCAGAAGAAGUGCGCCUGCCACCGCCCGGGCGGCGACAAGGACACCUGGCUCUUCUCCCGCUUCUCCACCGGCUGGAGCUGCGGGCUGCACGCCGACUGGACCGAGCUCACCAGCUGCGUGCCCGCCGCCAUGGAGCGCCGGGGCUGCGCCGGCAACCGCACCCUCAGGAACUUCUAUUACAUCACGAUGCUGAGGGAUCCGGUGUCACGAUACUUGAGUGAAUGGAAGCACGUCCAGAGGGGCGCGACAUGGAAAACUUCCCUUCAUAUGUGUGAUGGAAGAAGCCCAACACCAGAUGAGCUGCCUACCUGUUAUGAGGGCGAUGACUGGUCUGGAGUCAGUUUGGAGGAGUUCAUGGACUGCAGCUACAACUUAGCCAACAACCGCCAGGUGCGCAUGCUGGCAGAUCUCAGCCUGGUGGGGUGUUACAACUUGACUUUUAUGAACGAGAGCGAGAGGAAUAUGAUUCUUCUCCAAAGCGCCAAGAACAAUCUGAAAAACAUGGCCUUCUUUGGGCUGACCGAAUUUCAGAGGAAAACACAGUAUCUCUUCGAGAGGACAUUCAACCUGAAGUUCAUUUCCCCUUUCACCCAGUUCAACGUUACACGGGCCUCCAACGUGGACAUCGGUGAGGAUGUGCGGCAGCGGAUAGAGGAGCUGAACUUCUUGGACAUGCAGCUGUACGAAUACGCCAAGGACCUGUUCUUGCAGCGCUUCCAGUACUCCAAGCAAGAGGAGCAUCAGAUGAACCGGCUAAAGAGGCGAGAGGAGCGGAGGCUGCUGCGGGAACAGAGAGCUCACCAGUGGCCAAGGGAAGAAGUGGCAGAAGUUGCCGUUACUGAAGAUUAUAAUAGUCAGGUGGCAAGGUGGUGA